UCACACGAUUAAGAGAUCUAAAUCAAAUUGUUUUCACGAAUCCUUAGCGUCAAGUUCUUCCAACUUCUUUUUAUUGACUUGUUUGGCCACUUCUCGUCUCUCUCUCUCUCGCCCUUUCCACUUCGAAACCUAGCUUUGCUUUUUGUAACCAUGGAUUCUCAAACGAGAUCUAAGAAUCCUGGUAACACUAACCCUAAACCCUACGGUUCGACCGUCCGUGGACAGAAGAGAGGCUCCAGAAGCUACGCCGACGGUGAUCCUAAUAACUUGCCUGUCAAGAAACCGAGGACGAUGGUUAACCCUCGCCAAACCGGUAACAAAACCGUUGAACCGAGAACUCGGAGGCUCUCCCGACAAUUCUGGAAAGCAGGAGACGACAAAGAGGACGAGCGUCCACCUCGCAACUGCGGCAACGACGCGGCGAUUAGGGUUCACCCUCAGUUUCUUCACGCCAACGCCACCAGCCACAAGUGGGCGCUAGGAGCUUUCGCCGAGCUCUUGGACAACUCUCUAGACGAGGCGUGUAACGGUGCAACAUACGUCCACGUGGACUCAACGACGAAUCAAAAGGACGGUAAGAGCAGCAUGCUCAUAGUUCAAGACAACGGAGGCGGGAUGGAUCCGAAUCGGUUUAGAGAGUGUCUCUCUUUAGGGUAUUCAAGAAAACGUAACGUGGCUAACACGGUUGGUCAAUACGGGAACGGGUUCAAGACUAGUACGAUGAGACUUGGCGCUGACGCAAUCGUCUUCACGCGUUCUAAAGGAGCCAACGGUGGUAACACGACGCAGAGCGUUGGUAUGUUGUCGUAUACUUAUCUCUACGAGACGAGAAAGAGCGAAGCAGUGGUCCCCACGGUGGACUUUGAGCUGGUGGAUAACAACUGGGUUGCGUUGACGCACGACGAUAGAGAUAAGUGGUUUGAUAAUCUAGAGACUAUAGUCAAGUGGUCUCCUUACGUAUCUCAACAAGCUAUGUUCGACCAGUUUGAUUUACUUGAGGAGCAAGGUACUCAAAUCGUUAUUUAUAAUCUAUGGGAUGAUGAUGAAGGGAAGCUGGAGCUUGAUUUCGACACUGAUGGUCACGAUAUUCAACUCAGAGGUGUGAAUCGGGAUGAGAAGAAGAUAGAGAUGGCCAAAGCUUACCCUAACUCGAGGCACUUCUUGACUUAUCGUCACUCUCUACGCAGCUAUGCGUCGAUAUUGUAUCUCAGACUUCCACCAAACUUUAGAAUCAUCCUCCGUGGGAAAGAAGUGGAGCAUCACAGCUUGUUGGAGGACAUGAUGAUGACCGAAGACAUAACGUACAAGCCAGUGGCUUCUCCGGAGUUGUCACUAGAUGAAGACAUGGUUGCUGCUCUAAAGAUUGGCUUUGUGAAAGAUGCUCAUCAUCACAUUGACAUACAAGGGUUCAAUGUCUACCACAAGAACCGGCUUAUCAAGCCGUUUUGGAGGGUGUGGAACGCUGCUGGAAGCGAUGGACGCGGUGUGAUUGGUUUGUUGGAAGCUAACUUUAUACAGCCAGCUCACAACAAGCAAGGGUUUGAGAGGACUGCUCUUCUUGCUAGAGUUGAGAACAGGUUGAACAAGUAUCAGAAGACGUAUUGGUGUAAGAGGUGUCAUGAGAUUGGUUAUGCUCCUAGGAGGUUGCAGAAGAAUCUUGAAAGUGGUGUCACUGAAGCUCCUGCUAGUGAAGAGCCAGCUCAAUGCAGGCCAAAAAGAAACUCUCAGAAGGAGGCUACACAACCAAGUGUUGCUAACACAAGACAUGAGAUUGGGCUUAGGAACAAGACUAAUGGGCUUGGGGUGAGUUGCAAGGAAACAAGGUCAGUUCAUAAAGCAGCUGAGUUUCAGAAGCAGAAGGCACAGCUUGAGCCACAAGUAAAACAGCCAAAAGCUAGGGUUCAAGAAUUGGAGAAGAGGCAAAAGGUGAGAGAUGUCUCAGCAAAACCUAUGGUUGAGCUGCAGAGACAGAGAACACAGAAAGUACAAACUAUAGAGACAAGACAGGUGGCUGAGUUGCAGAGACAGAAAAAACAACUUGAGCUGCAAGUCAAACAGUCAAAAUCCAAGAUUCAAGAUUUGGAGAAGAGGCCCACCAAGGUCAAAGAUUAUGAGUCAGCAAAACUUGUGGUUGAGCUGCAGAGUCAGAAAGGAAAGCUUGAGUUGCAACUCAAGGAGUCACAGUCUAAGAUUCAAGAUUUGGAGAAAAGGAACAAGGUCAGAGAUGAUGAUUCAGCAAAACUGGUGGAGGAGUUACAUGGGGAGAAGGCAUUUGUUGAGUCUCAACUAGAGAGUUCAAAAGCCAAGAUCCAUGAUUUGGAGGAAUCUCAAAAGGUUGUAGAUGAACUGGUGGUAGAGCUGCAGAGAGAUAGAGGGUUGCUUGAGUCACAACUUAAGGUGUCACAAGCAAAGAACCAAGAGUUUGAAAAGUCGCAGAAGGCAGUGAUGGAUGUGUUUCAAGAAGAAAGAGGACGCAGAGAUGUGACUGAGGAUGCAUUGAGGAAGAAACUACGAGGAGCUUAUGAUGUCAUGGACACGCUAAAAAUGAAAGUGAAUGCCCUCGAAGCGGACCAAGCAUUUUGUAAGAAGGUUCACAUGCACAUGCUUUGAGUACACAGCUUCUAAAACUCUUUUACAAGACUUGUACAUUCAUUAGAGUCAAGAAGACGACAGUUUAUCUUCUUACAAGACUAAUGUUUUAAAUUUUUCUGUUGUAGUUUUGAAGCUUAAAUUCAUUAUAACAUUGAUCCAGUUACACAAUGUAAAAGUUCUUUGUGAUGAAAAUUGAAUCCGAGUGGUGGAGUGUCUGCUAGACACUCUUUUACCACUAGACCAAGAACUCGUUGUUGGUUGUAUUUAGAUACUGCUAUACACUGCACUUGAAAAAUGAACCUCAACACAACAACAAGAAACUCAAAUUCAAUAAUCAGUGAAAACUAGUUCGAUAAAACUCUCUAAGCUUUG